UCAAAAAAUGAGUCAACAUUAAACGUCAGUAUACCAUUUGGCAUUUUCUUUUCAAUCAAGGAUUUAGCGAUUUUCAAAGGCUUGUAAUUUGAUUUAUAAACAAGUAACGAUGGCUUAUUUAACCCAACCGGACUUUGUGAGAUAUGUGUGCUCUUGCGGCCAGUUGAAACCUAUUACAAAUCUAUAUUUCUGCCGGCAUUGCUUGAAAAUAAGAUGCGGUUUCUGUAUCUGUCACGAAGUGGACUCCCAUUACUGUGCAAACUGCUUAGAAAACAUGCCGUCAUCUGAAGCGAGAUUAAAAAAGAACAGAUGCAGUAGCUGCUUUGAUUGUCCCAGCUGUUUCCACACCCUGUCCACUCGAGCCACCUUCGCCCAGACCCGGCAGGACCCAGCGGCUGGUGACGCAAAGGUGGAAAACAAACAGGCGAAAAAGAUGUACUAUCUGUCAUGUUUCAAUUGUCGGUGGACGUCACGUGACGUUGGCAUACCUGAUCAGCCUGUCGCUUCAGGAGGUUGGCCAGAGAGGCCGAACCCGUUCUCGGCGCGCAUCAACCAACUGCUGGACUACUAUAAGGCCAUAGCGCAGCAGGAGAAACAGGAGAAGUUGGACAGGGAGAGGAAGAAGUUCGCUAUCAGGGGGAAAUACAUCACUCUUACUGAUAAAACUGGCUUAACCGGCGCGAUGGCUCGCAACAUAGCCGGGCUGCCGUCCAGCGAGAGCUCCUCCUCAGCCAUCGCCAACUUCGUGCCCAGCGUGGCCAGUGCCGAGGUCGAGGAGUUGCCUGAAGACUACCACCUCAGGGAGAUCAACUUGAAGCAGGUGACGACGAUGGCGCAGCGGCUGGCGUCGCCCGAGUGGCAGCCGGCGAGCGUGGCGCGCCUGCACCCGGUGGCGCGACCACUCAGCGUCAAGCGCAGCCAGCGCUGCCGCGCCUGCGACCACAACCUCACCAAGCCGGAGUACAACCCCGGCUCCAUCAAGUUCAAGAUUGAGCUGCUCGCCUUCUACCACAUGCCAGAGGUGAAAAUAAUCUCGCAUGAGAGCGUGAAGCCGGGCCAACAGUCAGCAUUGCUGCUAAAGGUCAGCAACCCCACGUCGCACGAGAUGGCGCUGCGGCUUCUUCCGCCCGACCACCAGGCCGAGACUGAGACUGACGAGACUACCGAGACUCACGAGAAGAAUGAGCCGAAGAGCAUUGAGAAGUCGUUGGAGAAGUCGCUCAAUUUGGAGAAGGACACAACUUGGAGUAAAGUCAUCGAGAGGAAGCCGCAAAUGCCGGCGCUGAGUCAGAUUUGUAUACCGGAGGUGACGCUGACGCUCGCGCAGCGGGAUGACGCCGCCGAGUAUGACGAUGACCCCCAACAUGACACUAGCGAUAUCAUCCUAUGGAGGAAGUCCAACAAGCUGGCCCUCCGUCUCAAGGUGUCAACCGACCCAUCAGCCGAGGUGGGCCAGCCGGCUCAAGUGGCCCUCUCUCUGCAGUACUCGUACCGGAACACGGUGCCACCCUCAGCACAGUCUGCACAGCACCGGGACCACACCCUGACCACCACUGUGCUGCUGGACCUGGGCACUGUCUGUGAGUGAACGAUGGAGUAGCCUGAGACCUGCAUUGUUAACAUUUUUGUUGAAUUUUUAUUCUUUACGCCCGCGACUUCGUCCGCGUGGAAUUCAGUUUUUUACAAAUCAUGGCAUGGCUAUGGCAACCAUGGAUUUUUCCGAGAUUUAAAGUAGCCUAUGUGUUAAUCCAAAGUGAAACCGGUAUUAUACCUGUAAAUAGACAAAAUUAAAUAAUAAUAAUAGACAAAAAUAAAAAAAUUAUAAAGUAAAUUGAUAAAUUAUUAUAAGGUAUACCGGAGAAAUAGAUAAAAUUUAACAGUGCAAGCGAAAAUAACGCUGUCUCUUUCAUUGCGAAAGAGAUUGAGACAACUCCGACGUCAUUGGAAGAUUUUUUGUCUAUUUCUCUGCACUUAGUCGCAUGUUAGCGCCACUUGACAACAAUUUGAUAUGUCGUUGAUCGCCUAGCAUGCGACCAACGACAUAUCUCGUGAAGAGCAAAUAGACAAAUGUCGACCAAGAGCAGCGGAGAUGUCUCAAAGUUUGUUUGCAUUGAAUAGGCUCUGAAACUACUGAAUCAAUUUGAAAAAUUCUUUAACUGUUGGAAAGCUACUCUAUCCUCGGGUGCUAUAGGCUAUAUUUUAUCCCUGUAUUCCUACGGGAACGGAAACGACUCGGGUAAAAUCACGCGGCGUCUGCUUGUAUCUCAUCAUUAUCAAUUCACCUCACUGCGGAGCUCGAGUCUCCUCUCAGAAUGAGAGGGUUUAGGCCAAUAGUCCACUACGUUGGCCCAAUGCGGAUUGACAGACUUCACACACGCAGAGAAUUCAGAAUUUUUUUUUUUUUUCUAUUCUUUACAAGUUAGCCCUUGACUACAAUCUCACCUGAUGGCAAGUGAUGAUGCAGUCUUAGAUGGAAGCGGGCUAACUUGUUAGGAGGAGGAUGAAAAUCCACACCCCUUCCGGUUUCUACACGGCAUCGUACCGGAACGCUAAAUCGCUUGGCGGUACGUCUUUGCCGGUAGGGUGGUAACUAGCCACGGCCGAAGCCUCCUACCAGCCAGACCUGGACAAAUUAAGAAAAUCUCAAUCUGCCCAGCCGGGGAUCGAACCCAGAACCUCCGUCUUGUAAAUCCACCGCGCAUACCACUGCGCCACGGAGGCCGUGAAAUUCUCUGGUAUGCAGGUUUCCUCACGAUGUUUUCAUUCACCAUUAACGUGAUAUUUAAUUUCUUAAAAUGCACACAACUGAAAAGUUGGAGGUGCAUGCCCCGGACCGGAUUCCAACACACCCUCCAAAAUCGAAGGUUGAGGUAAUAAUUUAAAAAGAUUAAAUAACACGUCUCAAACAGCGAAAGAAAAACAUCCUGAGGAAACCUGCAUACCAGACAAUUUUCGUAAUUCUGCCAAUCCGCAUUGGACCAUUGUGGUAGUCUAUUGGCCUAACCCCUCUCGUUCUGAGUGGAGACUCGAGCUCGGCUUUGAGCAGAAUAUGUGUUGCUAAUGAUGAACAAAAAUAUGAUAUGUUUACUUGUAUAAUAAAUAUGAAUAUUAACUUUGUGAGUACUCAGGUUUUAUUAGUAUUUAAACAAUUUCUCAUUAUGUACCCAACUGUAUAUUAUUGUUAUACAAUAAUAGGCCGAGAGCCUGUCACAGCAAGACAUACUUCAUUGGCUGUUAAAGUCUGUCAGUCCAUGCUCCUUCCAUAGGAAUUACGGGAGGCAAUAAGGUAGUUGACUCAUAUCAAAUUAAUAUAAACAAUAUUAAUUUCGCAUAGUACAUGGAAUAAGGGUCUGAAAUAUAUCGAUAUCAGCUCGUAUUGUCAAAAACAUAUUUAAAAAAUGAAAUUUUCAUGUAAUCAUGAAUCAAAAAAAUGUAAAAACUAUUUUCCAAUCUAGUAGAACGAUAAUGAACUAUGUAAAAAUAGUGUCAACUAGCCUAUUGUGUAGUUAAGACCAUAGAGACAUUGGAAGAUUACUGGUUGGGUUCGUAAUUUUUUUUAUAUAUCAUACACGGGGUGAGGUAGGAGAACUCCAUCCAGACAUCCAUGACUAUCCAGACCAGACCAUUAGCUUCGUAGCAACCCUUUGCAAGUUUGAAUUUUUAACAGUGUUUUUCGAAGGGUUACUACUUACUGUAAAGAUAAGUGACUGGCCAUUGGGGACAUGAUUUCUCAUUCGUCAAAAUCAAGGAAAAUAUUUAAAAAUAACCUUUAAGUGUACUUGGACAGUUGAGGGUCUGCACCAUUGUAACCUGCUACCUCUCAAAGCUACCAGUCCAAACUCCAUUAUUGGCAACUGUACAUAACUACUAACCUUUAACCUUACUCAGCUUUCAUACAAUGAGGCAUGUCUGACUAACGCAGGCUCUAUGUAAUGGUUGUAAUUCAGCUGAAAUUGAAAUGUAACUUAAGCUAAAAUGACGGAACUUUGAAAACUCUUUUGUAUUUCUGCAGUUCAGCACAUAGUAAGCAUUAUUGCAACCAAAUUAAAAUAAGACAAAUGCUUUAGCUAGAAUACAUUGAAAAUGUAUUUGAUCUCGAAAAAUGCAUGGUGUUAUGGCAAAUCAGUUUCUGUUGUAUAUUUUCAGCAUAACCACGUUAUUAAUGGUAUAAUUAAUUAAUUUAUACCAUAAAUAAUGUUUCUCGUUUUUACUUAUUCUUAAAAUGCAUCGACAAAUAGAGAGAUUAUUUAUUAAUAGAUUUAACUUUUGCAAAGUAUUGUUUUGAAAAACUACAAACUUAUUCCUAAUUGUUUAUCAUAAAGUAAAACAAUGUAUGAACAGUUGAUUAAUAUUUACUGAAUCUACAAUAAUGUCUGCUGCUAUAUAGAUAUACUUACCAUAGCACAUAUGUAUUUAAAACUAAUUAAGUAGAUAAGUUCAUGAGCUAAAUUUACACGCUUUUAUAAAUUAUUCUAGUUGUAUGCUAAAAACUAAAUAAUAUAAAUUAAAUAAUUA